GUGAGUUUCUGCUCUAGUUGAUUUGACCCGUGUCAAACAGGCUUUCCAUCUUUUUACGGGAGGCCCUCACCGCUCGUGAAGCUUUCUUUCACGAAUUUAUUAAAAUGGGUAUUGAUAUCAACCAUAAAUAUGAUCGCAAGGUCCGUAGGACUGAGCCAAGAUCCCAAGAUGUCUACUUACGUCUCAUCGUCAAGUUAUACAGAUUCUUGGCAAGAAGAACUAAUGCCAAGUUCAACAAGAUCAUCUUGAAACGUCUGUUUAUGAGCAAAAUUAACAGACCACCAAUAUCAUUGUCUCGUGUAUGUCGUUUCAUGAAACAAGAUUCUCGCAAAAACAGCAUUGCUGUUGUUGUUGGCACAAUUACUGAUGAUGCCAGAAUUUUUGAAAUUCCAAAAUUGACUGUCUGUGCACUUCGUGUAACUGAAAAAGCACGUGGACGUAUCCUCAAGGCUGGUGGUGAAAUCAUAACAUUUGAUCAACUUGCAUUAAGAUCACCAACUGGUACAAAGACUGUUCUUAUGCAAGGACGUCGUAAUGCACGUGAAGCUGUCAAACACUUCGGUCCAGCACCAGGUGUACCACACUCACAUACAAAACCAUUGGUACGCUCAAAGGGAAGAAAAUUCGAACGUGCACGUGGUCGCAGGAAGAGCUGUGGUUACAAAAAGUAAAAUGUUUUAUAUUCGUGUAAAAUUUUUUGAUGAAGUUGAUAUCAUUAAAAUAAAUUUCUUCAACAAAUAA